AAGCUUCUCUGUGAUCCCCUGCGGUCACUGCAGCGCUUUUAAUGCCAUCCUAUGCUGGGCUUGCAGGAACGGUCAUGGAGUCAUGAUUCUUCAGCUAAUCCAAGGCAACGGAGCCCAAACGUCAGGUAGGAAGCCGAAGAAGAGCAUGCGAACACCGACAUAAUUUGGCUGGAGCUAACGUGAAGAGAGGCAUCGACAACUGGUGAUCGCCGUAUAUUAAGAUGACUAGUUUCUGAGCAGGUCACAUGCGGCGGGAUGGGUUUGUACGAAAAUGAGUAUGCUACUUCUUCGUAGUUUAUGAGAGUGAUCAAAUGUUCCUUUCGCCAUUCUUGAUUCAAUCCCAACCUCACUUUCGGCCCCUUCCAUGGAUUUCGAGUGCAUCCACGAGCCUUUGUCGCCUCGGCAGUCUCUCUCUGAGCUGGAGGUCCGAUCUCGGAGAUAGGCAAACUGAAGCUGCUACAUGGGUCCCUCGUCGCACCGAUUCCUCUGCCAAGAUUCCGUCCAUCUCUGCCAAGGUUUUCGCCAGUUAGUGUUUGCUUUCGGUCCGAUUGGAUGCCUUCUUCUUGCAAUGUUCGAGCUUGAACGGACCUUAGAAGGAAUCAAUCAAAAAAAUUGGUUCUUGGAGAUUUUGAUGGGUCCUUGAACGAUUUUAGGCUGACAUUUGUGUAGAAUGAACGGGCGAUGCUGCUUGGGGUUGAGUGGAUAAGAAAGGAAGAGGAGGAGCUCCAUUCCAAGUCUCAUUGCCUUCUGAACCUUCCGAGUUCGAGGACCGUCCUAAAGAACUCUUCUUUUUUUCGGUUUGGACAGAAAACAUCUGACAUUUAAGCUUAGAUUUGCGGAGGCGCCUUGAUGAAAUCUUGCAGGAGUCAGUGCGGCAAAUAGAUGCAAGGACGUAGAGUGCUCCACUUCGACGGAGAUGGCUAGCGGCCACAGAUCGAUAGAGCACGCAGUGGGGGCGCCGAGGAUUAGGUCACAAGAAAAGCAUUCUCUCGAAUCGGAGAGCGUGUCGUCCGGCUUCGAGUUUCAGAAGGGAGAGCGAACGCGGCCGCACCGGUUGACGGCCGCAGCAGCAGUUGUGCCGCCACUCUCGAAGCCAGCACGAUCUAAAUGGGACGAUGCAGAGAAGUGGAUUGUAAGCCCGACGUCGAACAGAGGGGCGAAUAAGCCCGGUGGACGGCAAGCGAACAAUGCAGGAUUAACUGGGUCUGGGUGCCAGCCGACAGCGGCUAAGGUUGUCCUGGAGGUUGUGGACGAAGCAGCUGCUAAGAGGGUGGACCGAAGCCAAGCAAAGACACAAAUCAGUGGGAUCGAGAAUGUGAAUUGGGCAGGUGAGCCUUGUGCUACUUUGGAUUCAGAGGUGAAGCUCGCUGUUGUUGUGGAGAAUCCAGUGGCUGAUUCUGCUGUCAAUCUCAGUUGGCAUGAUUCAUCAUCUGUUCAGAGUGCUACAACAUUAAUGACACCUAACACAACUUUUAGGCCUGUAUCCAUGAGAGAUAUGGGCACAGAAAUGACGCCUAUUGCAAGUCAAGAACCUUCUCGGACAGGAACUCCUGCAAGAGCAACUUCACCACUUUGCAGCCGAACUUCUUCUCAACCGUCGUCUCCACAAAAAAUGGCUCCAGUUUCAACCCAAACUGAGUCAGGUGAUUGUGAUGAGGAUUUCAGCAAUAAGGAGUUGUCCAGGAAGGAGCUUCAAAAUAAAACUAUGAGGGAAAUAAUGAUUCUAGGCCAGCAGCUAGGUAAGACAAACAUAGCUGCAUGGGCCAGCAAGAAGGAGGAUGAAAGCGAUGCAUCUACUUCAACUAAGACUGUGUUGAAAGGUCAGCCAGCCAAAAGCAUUGUUGAAGCAAGUGCGGCAUGGGAGGAGGCAAAAAAUACCAAGUAUCUCGCUAGCAGGUUUAAACGAGAAGAGAUCAAAAUCCAAGCAUGGGAAAAUCAUCAAAAAGCAACAAUUGAAGCUGAAAUGAGGAAAAUUGAGGUUGAGAUAGAAAGAAUGAAGGCGCUUGCAAACGAGAAGUUGACGAACCAUCUAGCAGCUGUAAGACACAAAGCUCAGGAAAAGCGUGCUACAGCAGGAGCCAGAAGAAAUCAACAAGCUGCAAAAACUGCUCGGCAAGCAGAGUACAUUGGAAGAACCGGUCAAGUUCCUUCUUCAUUUUGCUGCUGGAGUUGGUGCUCCUAGUGCACAUCGUUUGAAAACACAGUUCCAGUCACUAUGACAGACAGGAAGAAAACUUUCUUGGUUCCAUCAUGUAGAUUGUGUUAACUCUUUCUUUCUUUUCUUUUUGUUAUUGAAAUAUUUUUUCUAUGUUGCUUUGUCAAAUUAAUUUAUGAGCAAGUGUAGA